AUGACGAAACCCAGCCAGCUAUAUCUCCUGGCGGACCACAUCAAGCUUUCAUUAUUGGAGCGACAGCGUGCAAGCAGCCUCAAUUUGGACAACGACACUCAAGACGGACACAUCUCGCGGUCACUGGAUCAGCUGCGCUCUGGCCUUGCGUCACUGGAACAAGGGCAUUCUGAGCAUGGACAGGAGAACGAUGCAGAAUGGGCGGAGUCUCUGGUGAAUCUGCGCAGGCAAUUAGAAGACUUAACAGCCCAGUUUCAUGGCUUCACUAGCGCCUCGAUAGAACAUACUCUCACGGAACCUAACACGAACGAAUUAGCGGCAGACUUCUCCCACGCGGCAUCUCGAAGAUCUAAAUCAGUUCGCUUCAGCGAUACGCCUGCGCCGCAGGCAGAAACACAAUUUGGGCCAUACCGAGACGACCCUGCGUCUGAUUCCGCGGGUUAUCAUGACCAAGCUGUUGAUAUGACUAAUCAACAGCUGCAUCAAUACCACUCCCAGAUUUUAGAAGAACAAGAUGAACAACUCGACCGUCUGGGAGAGUCUAUUGGUCGUCAAAGAGAAAUAAGUAUGCAGAUUGGUGACGAAUUAGAGAGCCAUGUCGCUAUUCUAGAUGAGAUGGACACCACUGUCGACCGGCAUCAGAGCCGUUUAGACCGAGCAAAAGGCGUAAUGGGAAAAGUAGCGAAGGGGGCUGGAGAGAAUAAGCAGAUGACGGCCAUAGUUGUGCUUAUCAUCAUUUUGAUACUGCUGAUUGCGAUACUGAAGUAG